UUCCAUUCUUCAUUUCUCAUAAUCACAAUUAAAGAAAAAGUAAAAAAAAUAAUAUGGAGUUGUCUAAUAAGAAAAUAACAUCUCCAUUCUUUUCUUUCUUGUUUAUUUCUUCUCUUCUUAUACAAUGUUUUCCGUAUGUUUCAUCACAGGGGGACAAAAAAUUUUGCGUACCCAAACCAGAGGCUAAAGAUGAAAAAUUGCAGGCCUGUAUAAAAUGGGUUUGCAAAGAGGGGGGUGUGGAUUGUGGCCCAAUUAAUGCUGGAGGUGCAUGUUUUCAGCCCAAUACUGUUAGGUCUCGUGCAGCCUGGGCUAUGAAUGCUUACUUUCAAAUGAAGGGUAAAGCUGACGCUAUGUGUGGUUUUUCGGGCGCUGGUGUCGUCUCCUCCACUGAUCCAAGUUAUGGUACAUGCAAGUACCCAUCUUAAGUUUUAUGGACCCCAAAAAGAAGAUUUUGCAACUACUCCAACAUAUGAAGAAUUAAUUUUGAAAUAUUAAGAUUUUGUUUCUAAAUUACGUUUCGGAAACAGCCUUUCUACUUCAUCAGAGGUAGAGGUAUGGACUGCGUACAUCUUACCCCCCCAGACCCCACUAAGUGGGAAUACACUGGGUUUGUUGUUGUUGUUGUGUUUCUAAAUUACGUAUUUUGAUUUUCAAAAACUAAUCUAAUUAUAUUGUUGUGUAGUAUGUUGUUAUUGCAAAUAAAAAAUAAAAUAGAUUGUUGCCUACUUAAUUUUC